ACGAUCGCGGCGGAACCCUCACUCGCACCCCAGUACAGUCGGUGGUGAGCCGAGGGUGAGACUCCUUCCUCGAGCGAAGGACCAGCGGGAGCCUGCGGCACAGACUUUGCGUUUCAUCUCUGUCGGAUUUUCUCGUGAGCGCGAACUGUGAGCCGAGCGGGCACAGGUCGUGAAGCAUGAGGGCUUGGUUGCUGUGGUUGUCCCUUCUGUUGGUCGUCCUGGCCGAUAGGAGCUUCGCCAAUCCCUACUUUGACGAAGGUGAAGAUGCAGACGAUCUUCAAGGUGGCGAUUCUUCGGAUUAUACAGACAACGCUUUGGAGAAUCUGAUGCGAGCGGCACAAAAACGUACCUCGUCAAUAAACUUGUUUAGGCGGGCUUGCAUAAGGCGCGGCGGCGAUUGUUACCACCGGCGGAAGGACUGCUGCUACAGCUCUAGUUGCCGCUGCAAUCUCUGGGGUUCUAAUUGCCAGUGUCAACGGAUGGGUCUCUUUCAGAAGUGGGGCUAAACGAUGUCUUCCCUUCCUCCCUUCGCCAUAUAUCUUCCUAUACUCACGCGUUUUGUUUCUCAUAUUUUCUCUUCUUUUUCUUUUCACUUCCUCUUUCUCUGCGGUCCCCCUAGAAGAUUAUUCUGACGACGGUAUUCCCCGAUAGUGUCCCCUCGAGCACAUUUGGACGUUCCUUCCCGUAAAAUUUAACUCACUCGAUAUAUCUGUCCUGUGGGAACGAUUUCAACGUUUUCAAGUCUUAUUGCGAUUUGUAUUUCUUGAUUAAAACAACGGCCUCGAUGACACGCUUCGACAUCUCUUUUUUCAUGCGUUUCUGUACAGACUCUCUAGUAGAAAGAGAAAUGAAUGAUUUUUUUAAGCUUGUGAUAUCAUGAUUGGCAAUAGCUUUGCAAAAUAUUACGCUAUUGGAAACUAUUAUAUUACAUUCUUCUACGUCUGUAAGUUCAGUCAUCUAAUACACAUUUUUCAUUGACUACCUCUCUCGCGCGAUAUUCGAUGCUCAGGAUCAACUGCGCUGAAACUAAAAUCGAUAUGCUUAAUUGAUUCCCCGUCUUUUUCUAGAUCGUAGCUCUGAUUACAAUGUAGGUAAUGCGAAAAUUAUAAUCAAUUCGCAAUGAUAAACUUUAAUGCAAUCGAUCCUUAUCCAAAAAUUACCACUUAUAUACGCGCGCGCAUAUACGUACCCCUCAUAAAAUUUUUGUUUGUAGAACCUAUUUACCUUUUAAAUCACCACGCCCAAAAAAAA